UUACAACUACCACAAAUCCAGUCUUCAACUACAAGACACAUUUUUACCUUUGCUUAAAAAAUGUUCCAAUGAAAAUCACAUUUAUCAAACUCAUGGCUUCAUGGUACAUCGUGCUUUAGAUGAAGACAACUUCAUUCUCAGCCAAUUCUUUCACACAUGUUCCGCCCUUGGCUUUGUCAGCUAUGCAUAUUCUAUUUUCACUUCUAACCCAAAUCCAAACAUAUAUCUUUACACUACUUUGAUCAGUAUUUUCUCUCGACAACAACAUUUAUCUAAGGAUGCAAUUUGCCUUUAUAAACAAGCUCGAGUCAUUGGCUUAUAUCAUGAUACUUACUCUAUCCCUUUUGUGUUGAAUGCUGUAACUUGUCUCAUCACCUCCAGGCAAAUUCAUUGUGAAGCUAUUUUAACUGGAUUGAACAAUGAUGUACAUGUAGCAACGUCGGUUGUACGCAUAUAUUCUUCUUUUGGGUGCAUUUCUGAUGCACGUAAGGUGUUUGAUGAAGUGUGUAACAAAGAUGUGGGCUUGUGGAAUGCCAUGAUAGCGGGUUAUGUUAAGGCUCAUGAUAUGGACACUGCCAAGUACCUGUUUGAUAAUAUGCUGGAGAAGAAUGUGGUUUCUUGGACUACCAUCAUUGCGGGGUACGCUCAGGGGAAUCAGUUUUCUCAGUCUAUAGGUGUGUUCAGGAAAAUGAUGAGUGUGGAGGUUAGUGCUAAGCCUGAUGAAGUAACCAUGUUAGCUGCACUUUCAGCUUGUGCCCACUUGGGUGAGCAUGAGUUGGGUGAAUGGAUCCAUAGUUAUAUUAUAAAACACAGCUUACGUAGAUCUGUGUCUCUUAACAAUACACUUAUUGAUAUGUAUGCAAAAUCGGGUAAUGUAAAGAAGGCAGUAGAGUUGUUUGAGAGCAUGGAAACUAGGAGUGUUGUUACUUGGUCAACAGUGAUUUCUGCAUUGGCUGUCAAUGGAUAUGGAAGAGAAGCAAUUAACAUGUUUUCUCGGAUGGAAAUGGUUGGAAUUAGGCCAAACAGUGUCACCUAUAUAGCACUAUUAUCUGCAUGUAGCCAUGCAGGACUCGUGGAGGAAGGCAGAUUGUAUUUUAAGACAAUGGAAGAAAAAAAUGGUAUUAGUCCUGACAUCAGACACUAUGGUUGCAUGGUUGAUCUUUUUGGGCGUGCUGGUUACCUCGAUGAGGCUGCAAAUAUGGUUAAAAUGAUGCCAUUUGAAGCAAAUGCAGCGAUUUGGGGAUCACUUCUUGCUGCAGCCAGGAACCAAGGUCAUGUUGAACUUGGGGAGCAAGCUCUGCAGCAUCUAACUGAAGUUGAACCACAUAAUAGUGGGAAUUAUUCCCUUGUGUCCAAUACAUAUGCUGCUCUUGGUAGGUGGAGUGAAGCUAGGGUAGCAAGAAAGACCAUGAGGGACACAGGAGUCCAAAAGUUGCCAGGCGGUAGCUUCAUCAAAAUGAAAGAUAAAGUUUAUUAUUUCUAUUCAGGAGACAGAUCACAUCCUCAAUGUGAAAGAAUAUACAGAGUUCUAUCACACUUAAACAGGGUGUCAAAGACGGUACUGCAUGAAUAUUGGGGAUAUGUAGAGCUGCUUGAUGCUGAUAGCCCUCAAGAGGACCACUGA